AUGGGGAAGCCCGUCGAUGUGGAGCUCGGCGGUGGCGCGGGAGGCCUCGAGAUCGCCGGCGGCGGAGGCGGAGGCGGAGGCCCAUGGGGCGGGCGAGUCUUCGGCGCGAUCGGGCGGGCGGUUUCGUUCCGGUGCGUCUUCGUGCUCGUGCUCGCGGCGGGGGUGCUCGUCCCGGCCCUAUUCCUGCUCGUGCCCUCGCGCCAGGAGCUGGGGUACCUCUCGGACGACCACGACGUGCUCUCUGCUGAAAUCAAAGUUGGUUUCACUUUGGAAAAGCCAGUGUCAUUCCUUACUUCUCACAUAGACAAACUAGGGAAUGACAUAUUUGAAGAGAUUGGUGUACCUAAUAGCAAGGUUUCCAUUGUUUCAAUGCACCAUUUAACUUCUAAAUACUCCACACAUGUUGUUUUUGGUGUUCUUCCUUAUCCAAAAGAUGCUUCAAUAAGUUUGCCGGCUCUAAGUGUGCUGAGAUCAUCCUUAAUAGAGAUGAUGCUCCAGCAGGUGAACCUGUCCUUGACACCAUCACUUUUUGGGCAUCCAUCUUCUUUCGAGCUGUUGAGAUUCCCUGGAGGAAUUACAGUCAUUCCUGCACAGUCUGGUUUUACAUGGGCGAACACAGACCCCCUAUUCAACUUUGUGUUGAACAGCUCCAUUUAUCAGAUUUUGGGUAAUCUUACAGAGCUCAAGGAUCAGCUGAAACUUGGAUUAAAUUUAAGGUCAUACGAGAAAAUAUAUUUGCAGUUCAGGAAUGAGAUUGGUUCUUCAGUUGAAGCUCCAGCAACUAUUGUGGCAUCGGUAUUAGAUGGAAGCAGUAAUCUUUUACCAGAUAGAUUGAGACAACUAGCUCAGUUAAUCAGAGAACCUGAUGCGAGGAAUCUUGGGCUUAAUCACUCUGUAUUUGGUAAAGUAAAGGGUGUUCAGCUGUCAUCGUACUUACAACACAAAAUCUCUGAUUUAUCUCCUAGCCCAUCUCCGGCUCCGGCUCCAUCGCCUUCACAAUCACUUUCUCCAAGCAUGCCACCAUUGUUGUCACCAUUUGGGAGCAUCCCUUACCCUGCACCUCGUCCAGCUUUAGCUCCUUCAUGGCGCAGACACCCGUGCUUUCCAUGUUUUAGGUGUAUUAAUCCCUCUCAUGCUGGUAGUUCAAUGCUAAAACCUCCUUGCAUUGUUAGAGACCCCAGGCUACCUCCAUUAAUGCCUUCCCCGCCAAAAUACCUUCAUCCAGCAGAUCCACCGCCUGCUCACAUAGAUCCUCCUCGCCCCUUACCUAAUUCCAAUCAUUUUCCAAAGGCAUGUCUCAACAUUCGAUGCCUCCAAGGAAAAAACGGAAUAGCAGAACAUCGAAGUCCUCUUCAAUUGCGCCAUCGCCAUAUGGUCUCCUUCACACUUGAAGUUAUGCUUGAUUGGAUACCUGGGUUGCUUCGACUGUUGGUCAUGCGUCAUCAGGAAAAUCUGGCCAGAAGACAAGGUCACAAUUUUGCUUCAAGCAUAACCAUGAAUCGCAAUCAUGGGCUAUGA